UGCAGAAAUGGAGAUAUGUGAGAUAGAAGUGAGACAUGUGAGGUGGUGGUUAUUAGAUGUACAGGCGCUGGGGGAGAGUGGGAGGUUAUAGGACAGUUUACCUAGCAGUUACGUUACUGGUAAUUCAGAGGUCUGGAUUUAUGAUCCAGAGGCAAGAGUUCAAAUCCCACCACCACAGCUCGGGGAAUUUAAAUUUACUUAAUUACUAAUUUCUUAUUCCAGAUGUAUUUAAUAGUGAUGAAGCAUUGUUAGAAUGUUGUAAAAACCCACCUGUGAUUCAGUGAUGUCCUUUUGGGAAGGAAAUCUGCCAUCCUUAUCUGGCCUGGCCAAAUGUGACUCUCAAAUGGCUGAGCAAACCAAUCUGUUGUAUUCAAGAGGGUGUCUCACCUUCUCAAGGGCAUUUAGGGAUGGGCAAUAAAUGCCUUGUUUUGGGACCUACAUUGUGUGAAUGAAUUUUUAAAAAACGUUGGGUGACAUUUGGAUAUAUGGAUAGUGAGGCAGAGAAGUCAGAGAGACAAUGAAUGGGGGACAGCGAGGUGGAAUAGGUGCUGAGGAAAUCCUGGAUCUCUCUUUGCUCAUCCACUGCUUCUCACUUCUCGCCAUUUACAAAAUACUCCGCUCAGUUUUUCUUAAGCCCUAUGUGGAUGGGUCACACUUCUGGGUAGGCGUGAGAGGGCGAAAGCACCUUGCGUUUAAAAGGUGUUUUUUCACAACCUCAGGAUGUCUCAAAGCGCUUUACAACCAAGUGCUGGGCAUCCCAUGAAACCACAUCGCCUGUCUCUCACUCACAGUUUGGUUCUGCAUUAUGGGCUAUACAAGAAAAUGAUGGUAUUCAAACCAUACCAGGCCUCUCAGCACGACAUGUGCCGGUUCCACUCUGAGGACUAUAUUGAUUUCCUGCAGAGAGUGAGCCCGAACAACAUGCAGGGUUUCACCAAGAGCCUGAAUACCUUCAAUGUGGGAGAUGAUUGUCCUGUGUUUCCAGGAUUGUUCGAGUUCUGCUCACGAUACACAGGAGCCUCUCUACAGGGAGCAACACAAUUAAACAACAAGGUGUGUGAUAUCGCCAUUAAUUGGGCCGGAGGACUUCAUCACGCCAAGAAAUUUGAGGCUUCGGGAUUCUGUUAUGUAAACGAUAUUGUCAUUGGAAUCCUGGAAUUGCUGAAGUACCAUCCGCGUGUGCUGUACAUUGACAUUGAUAUUCAUCAUGGUGAUGGGGUGCAGGAAGCCUUUUACCUCACUGACCGAGUUAUGACUGUAUCCUUCCAUAAAUAUGGGAACUACUUUUUCCCAGGAACAGGUGACAUGUAUGAAGUAGGCGCAGAAAGCGGACGGUACUAUUGCCUGAAUGUUCCACUCCGGGAUGGAAUCGAUGACCAAAGUUACAGGCUCCUGUUCCAACCAGUUAUCAAGCAGGUGGUGGAUUUCUACCAGCCCACGUGUAUAGUGCUGCAAUGUGGUGCGGAUUCCCUCGGCUGCGAUCGCCUGGGUUGCUUCAAUCUCAGUAUAAAAGGACAUGGGGACUGUGUAGAGUUUGUGAAAAGCUUCAACAUUCCUCUACUGGUGAUGGGAGGAGGGGGAUACACUGUCCGAAACGUUGCUAGAUGCUGGACUUUCGAGACCUCGUUGCUUGUUGAUGAAGAGAUAAGCGAUGAGCUGCCUUAUAAUGAAUACUUUGAAUACUUCGCUCCAGACUUCACGCUUCACCCAGAUGUCAGCACCAGGAUUGAAAACCAGAACACCAGGCAGUACCUGGAUCAAAUCAGACAAACGAUUUUUGAGAACCUGAAAAUGUUGAACCAUGCUCCCAGUGUCCAGAUCCACGAUGUCCCAUCGGAUUUGCUGAGCUACGAGCGGACAGACGAGCCUGACCCCGAGGAGCGCGGGUCUGAGGACAACUAUAAUAGGCCAGAAGCUGGGAAUGAAUUUUAUGACGGUGACCACGACAAUGACAAGGAGAGUGACGUGGAAAUAUGAGGUGGUGACUGGCCAUCGUACAUCAGAGCAGACAUUCAGGACUGAUGAGCACAGCACCGCACUGGCGAACAGAGCUACCGUAAGCCACACAGACUGGUGCCAGGUCUCCAGAGGUGUGCAGGGGGCUGGAGGACAAGGAGCGACCACCACCAUCCUCCUCCUCCACCAGGUGAAGCUGAUCCCGGAUAUGGCUCUGUGGGCCAGGGUCAGCAUCUGUCUGUGAAACCCAAGAAGCAAUUCCUCGGCUCCAGUAUCGAUUCCUUUUUGUUUCAUUUGGGUUGGAGACAAAAAAUUAAGACUUGAUUAUUUGAACGAGUUUCCUUUGCUUUAACCGGGGACGAAAGUUUUGUUGUUGGUCACUGAGCAGCUGUGGCAUGCGGGCAGCAAGUUGUUCCACGUGAUAUCCAGCUGCACCUUUAAAGUACCUUCUAAGGGUAAUAAAACGGCAAUUCAGAAGCCAUACCAGACACCAAAACCUCGUAGAGAUGAGCAAAGGCACAGUAAGUACAGAAAUUCAUAGGAUGUUUAGCAACUGAUGUCCUUCUGACAACCAGUAACUUGUGGGUAAUUCCAGUAGCACAUGACUGGUUGGGUCUGUGUAGCCACUGCUCCUUCAAGCUAUGGGGUCAGUGUGAUUGGAUCUCACAGUACAAUAGAGAAAUAAAUACUUUUUAUUCAUCACUCCCUGCUGAAUCUGUCACUCCCAGUCCCUCUUGUGGGCCAGGAUAAGUUAUGGGAUGUUAUGCCCUUGCAAUAUGUCAAGCUAUUGAUGCUGUUAUUUUUUGUGUAGAUUACCAGCCCUCAUGUCUCUUUUUGUUUCGGUUAUAUGAAAUCUGUUCUUGUGCGAUAGGAUAGCUGGAAUAUCAUUAAUCGCACAACUGUGAGACUCCUUUCUGCUCCUUCUCUCCUCUCCUGAAAGUAUUUGUUCUUGUUACAGUUUCACACGUACUUGCUGCCCCUCUUAUAUGUCGCCCAAAUUGCCACAUCGAAGUUUGUGUUUUUUUAUAUUUUACACUUUGUGAUGUCUGUGUAACAAUUCACUCACCUGAGAAAGUUGUGGGGGUGGGGGUGCUUAGAACAUCAUUGGGGUUAGCAACAAGCAGAAACAUUGCUUUAAAACGUCUCCAAACAGGUUCAGUUCUGAGAACAGUUCUUGUGUUUUACGGUAAUCCUAUAGAGGGAGAUAAAGGAAAAAACAAUGGCCAUAGUAAAGCAUCAUACAGUGCUUCAAAGGCGCAUUGCCAAGCAAAAUUGGGUGCCAUUAAACCUCACAACAAAAUUUGACAAGCUGAAAUGAAACAGCUUGUCAUGGCUGUCAAUCAUCCCAACACUAUUUCAUGCAUCAACUUGUGUUGAAGGGCAUCACUUGCCAGGGUCAGAACUGUGAUUUCUCCUCCAAGAAAGACACCAGCUGUUGUCAGUGUUGUAUCUGUAAGGAAAUCCACGGUGGGUGGGUGAAUUGUGCACAGUGUCUCAAUCUGGCGUGCUGCAAACUCUGAUCAACCUCAAAUCUUUCAGCAAUGAAAGCAUUGCCAGCCCAUGUCAUUGCAUUUGCACCAAUGUUUGGCCCUUGUACAUAAAGUUACUUUUGUUUUUUCAGAAAGAAAUGUAGAUUUUUCAUAUUAAAAUGGUUUGUAUA